ACAAUUUUCGAUAUUUUCCGGACAGACCUCGUACAGUUCCCAAUCUCAGGGGACCAGCACAUGCUGAGGGGAUUUGAACGAAAAAUUAUUCGAAGAAUCUAUGGAGCGGUGAAAAUCAAUGAAGAAUGGCGAAUUAGGAGCAAUGAAGAAAUAGAAAUGAUCCUAGAAAAUGAAGACAUCGUAAGGUUUAUCAAAUCGCAAAGGCUGAGCUGGCUAGGUCAUGUACAAAGAAUGAAAGAAGAAAGGAUGCCGAAGAAGGUGCUGAAAGCUUCAGUAUUGUCAGCAAGAAAGAGAGGAAGACCUGGGCUUCGGUGGCUAGACGGAAUUGAGCAAGACCUGAAGAAAAUGCAAAUAAAAGGAUGGAGUGUAAAAAUCAAAGAUAGAGGGAUGUGGAGAGGGAUUGUUAUGGAGGCCAAAGCCCACCCGGGGCUGUAGCGCCGCUAGUAAAUAAGUAAGUAAGUAAGAAUUCUGUUUUCUCCGAUUGUAUGUUUCAUACGUGUGAAGUACGUACGGGUCGCUAGUCUUUCAUAAUGUUGCAAAGGACAAAAUGUGUGGCAAAGCAGAUAGUGAAAUGAGCAAUGCUAAAGUAGGUGGCGAGUGAUACAUUGGGGGAAGGGGAAGGGGGUUCAGCGUCAGAUUAUGGUGGAUAUGAAGGAUAAUUAAUAAAUAUUGGACGCAGUAGGUAAUGUGUGUAAACCUUAACUAUAUCAGUGAUUAUCUAAGUAUAAACAAACAUAUGCAACUUAAACUAAACACUUUUACUCUAAGCCAUCCCUAGGGGAUUUUUGCGUUUAAAUGGCUUAAUCAGAGACUACGGUUGCCAGCUCGAAGGGCUUGCGCCUUCUAAGCCUCCGUAGUUCCUCACUAGAAAGGGAGGAAAUCAAAACGAACCAGGGAGAGCAACCUAGCUAAUGUCCAAAAUGACCCCUCCUUCUGGGUUCAGUCGUGCGGUAUUCCAUAAGCGUUCAGGCAAAACUAACUUCAAAGCUUCAAUCUUCUCGGAGAGAGCGGCGAUGGACAGCACUUCCAAAUUAUUACUUCUUACGGGUUGUUCUUCAUUUGUUCUCGGUCCCUCUUCUUCCUCUCUCCUCUCUGGUCUCACCCAAUGUGGAAACUGCC